UUGUUUUGAUGAAAACCGGUCCCUUCUAAAAAUAGAUUUCCUUACACCGUUUCAUGAGUUAAAGUUUAAUGCUUUCGGAAAGGGUGUAGAAUACAAUUUUCCUGAUCCGAGAAAUCUGGAAUUCUGGAAUUGCACACCUGCGCUAAGUACAUCAGGGCGUAUACCAGGGAGGUGACAACCCUUUCACCAUGCAUGUGUUCGGUGCAUUCGUGUUUCUAACUUUCCACACCUUGGUGGCAAGCCAAGAUGUCAUAUGGAUAAGAGACAUGGAUAAAUUUGAAAUAAAUGAAGGAACAGAUGGAAGUGUGUACACGCUUUUAGCAAAUUAUCAGGGAAGAAGUGACAAUAUCAUUUACGGAUUUAAUGCUAAAACUGGUGAUGACGUAAGCCUCUCAGUCGAUAAUGACUACUUCCAAAUUAAUGAACAGACAGGAGAAGUUUUUGUCAAAAGCAAACUGGAUUAUGAGGCUGCAUCUCAGAAGCAGGGUAUUAAGAUGAGGAUGGUGGCUAAAGUUCGUGGUGAUGACACAAAGUAUUCUCGACAAGAGUCGACAGUGAUUGUUGUCAACAUUAACGAUGAGAAACCGGUAUUCAUAAAUGGAUCGCUAUCUGUGACAUUAAGAGAAAAUGAAGUUAUUACGGAUCCCAAUGGCAGACUAUUGAUAGAAAAUCUCAUUGUUCGUGACGUGGACAAUCUUAUGACCCCUCCUCGCAGAUACCCUGAAGCUAUUGUUAUUGGCUGCAGUUCAAAUGUUGGUGACACGGAUUGCACAGAUACGUUUAAACUUAAGCAACACGGUAACACUGUCUCAACAGGGCAAGCGGCCUUCGACCUCUUUGUUUACAAAGCUGUGAACUUUGAAGAUUCAGACAAAUUUCAAGUUUCCAUGGUUGCUAUGGAUGGUAAAAACAAUGGCACCCUUUCCGUGGUGGUGGAAGUUUUGGACAUACAGGACAUUCCCCCAAUCUGGGUGGAGCUGCCUCAGAGAAUAACAAUCACGGAUAGAUACAAUAAAAGUCAGCUGAAUGCUAGAAUUCUAGCAAGAGAUCAGGAUAUAAGCACAGAGGGGGGGCUACGAUCGAUCGAAUACAAGUUUUUACCAGGCCAGAUUGUAGGAGGGAUUGCAGUGGAAAGUGUGUUCAAAAUCAUGCAGACUUUCUCGCUAGAACCUGCCUUCAUACAGAACGAUAUUGAAAUUGAUCUUGAAAAUCCCACUUUUCGAGACUUCAACACUGGUGAAGUUCGAAAUGAAUGGCCGCUUGAAAUAGAGGCUUGUGAGAUAAUUAGCUCAGGUCCUCCGCUUGUGGUGGGCACUACAAGAACUGAAUGCACUGACAUCGGCACAGUAACCAUUCUCAUCGUUGAUGUAAACGACAAUGGACCUAAAUUUGAGAAUCCCAGUUACGUUUAUACCAUUUCUGAAGAUGCUCCAAAUGGCAAGGCGCUUGAUAUACCUCGAAUGGUCAUUUCUGAUAAAGACACAGAAAGAUUUGCCAUCUUCACUAGCCACUUCGUGAGCCCAAGUGCAGAAUUCGACCUAAUAGGAAUAAAUACAUCAUCUCCAAUAAUCAUAGUGAAGAACACAAGCCUUAUUGACUAUGAAAUUGGGCCACAGAGAUAUGACUUGCAGAUAAAAACAUAUGACAUUCAAAACCCAGCUUUGUUCAUGAUUGUACCAGUAACAAUCCACAUUCUUGAUGUUAACGACAACUACCCUACGUUUGACCGACUUAACUACACUGAAACUAUUCCUGAAAACUCUCAGGAGGGAACCAACGUUGUCAGAAUUCAAGCUAGAGAUAUUGAUUCCCUCCAAUUGGGCACAGCUGGAUUGCGUUAUUAUCUCAGAGAAAGCCCAUACUCACCUCUGUUCGACAUUGAUGAAAUCACUGGUCAAUUAAUCGUUGCAAAAUGUACUGCGGGUAAACACGGCCAGUAUCCAUGUCUGGAUUAUGACAUUCCACCACGUACAUACACACUCAGUGUGAGUGCUGUUGACUCGUUAGGACUUGGCUGGAGCAAGGCAAUUGACGUAUUUGUGCGGGUCACUGAUGUGAACGAUAACCCACCAACUGUAAUUGACUACACAAGAUCAAUAUUUGAAAAUAGUGUUCGAUUUGACCCUCCUCUUGAAGUUCAAGGCAAUGACAUUGACACCAACUCGCGACUAAGUUACUCCAUACAGACCCAGGCUCCAAACAGUUUCUGGGCAAUUGACCCAAACACUGGUGAGAUAUUCGUCAACAAACCGAAUGGUGCAGGAAUCAAGUUUGAUGAUGGGCAGACAGGAUUAGGAAGAAAUGGAAGCCGAUUUCUGCUGGAUGUGGCAGUUACAGAUGGUAUAUACACAGUCAUAUCGAAAGUGACCAUCUUAGUCAUAGACAUCAAUGACAAUGGUCCCGUAUUCCAGCCAAGCUUGUAUGAGAUAUCCAUCAUUGAAACCACACCUCCUGGGUUGUCCAUCUUGCAACUGUUGGCCACAGAUAAGGAUGAUCCCUCCAGCGAAAACGGGAUACUGGAGUACAAGAUAUCGACAGGCAGUUUAGGACAGUUCAGAGUCGAUAUAAACACUGGAAAAUUAUAUACAACUGACACUGCAGUUUUGGAUUACGAUAAUAAUAAUCGAUAUGAAAUGCAGGUUCGAGUUUCGGACAAGGGCAAACCUCGGCUGACGGCUUUAGCAACAGUUAUCGUCAACAUUCUCAACGUUAACAACAAAGAUCCUUACAUAGAUCCUUUCUUGCAGAACUUUGUAGUCUAUGAUAAUGCCUUCAUAGGACAGAAGAUUGGAACCAUCAGGGCGUAUGACCAAGAUGCAGAUGCUCAAUUCAAUUUCACCUUUAACGACCAGAAAGAGGCUACCUCUGACCAGGGAUAUGUAGUCGACUACAAUGUCUAUGACUUCAGAAACUUGUUCAUCAUUGACCAAAAGAACGGUUCAAUAUUGGUGAAUGGGAAAUUGAAUAGUCGAAUAACGAAUAUCGUCACAUACGGUGUAACAGUUCAAGAUGUCACCCCAAAACCACCCCAGACUGGACUGGGCCAGGCAUUCAUCCGUAUCAAACCAUUUAACACCCAACCUCCAGAGUUUGAGAAUUUCACCUCGCCGAUUUACAUUGACGAGGAGCAGCCAAUUGGCAGUGUUAUCGUCAGUCUUAUCGCCCGCGACAAUAACGGCAUAGAGGAAUUCAAGAUUAUCGAACAGCCUGAUGAUUUCUUCACCGUCAACCCUAACACUGGUGCUGUAAGUGUGAUCAGCCGUGUGGACUACGAUGACGUGCGGAUGAUCAAUGACUCAUACUUAAUUGUUCAAGUUCUUGACACGGGCGAGCCAAAGCUCUCGGCUACCGCUUCCCUAUCUGUCAUCUUCCGAAAUAUCAACGACAAUUUCCCAAAUUUCUUACGCAGGUCUACUAACACACCAGUUAAUGUGUACAAUGCCGAAAUCUUUGAGAAUGCUGCCUUCAACACAACUGUAACAACUGUUUAUGCUGAAGACCGCGACAGACCCGAUGCAAAUGGCUACCAUACAGUGCGCUACUUUAUGAAUGAUGACAGAUUUAGUGUUGAUCAAUUCACGGGUCGUAUUUAUGUGAAUUUAACAAAUGGUGCAGUUUUGGAUCGUGAACUGAAUCCACUCAUCCGGACCCAGGUGAUCGCCCGUGACAACCCACAGAACAACCCACUUGGUCUCCCUGGUAACCAGAGACAGAGGGCUGCCAUAGUGUCAGUGAGGUUACGUGAUGAGAAUGACAACCCCCCUGUAUUUUCUAGUGCCUCAUACUCCGUUCAGAUAUUUGAAACCAUUGGAGUUGAAACUGAUAUUCUCCAGCUGUUCUCAACUGACGCUGACAUAGGAAAUUAUUCCAUCUCUUUCUAUUCAAAAGUACCCGGUGUUGGAACUGACUACAAUGACUACUUUGAUGUGCGAAGAGAGAGUGGCCGUAUCUACGUAAAGAGAAGUCUGCUCCGCCAUGUUGGCUUCUACGAGUUUCUCGUGCAGGCCACAGAUGACCUUGGCAGGGGUUUUAAAGCAAAUGCAACCAUAUACGUGGAGGUUAAACCCUCCGCAAACUCCCCACCAAUCUGGAUUAUUCCUCCUGUUGACAAUAUGACCAUCUAUGUACUAGAGGAACAAUACAAUGGCAUGUUGAUAUACGAUGUGCUUGCUCGCGAUGAAGAUACUGGAAAUAACGGUAUCGUUGACUACAGCUUCAUCUACAAUGGUGAGACCGUGCAGGAAACUCCGGAGUUCAAGAUAAAUCGAGUGACGGGAGUGAUCUCUGCCAACAUCACGUAUGACAGGGAGCGUGUGCCGAGAUAUGUGCUGUUACUGAAGGCUAGUGAUCGAGGAGAGACACCUCUGGAGACGACCCGCUUCCUUACGGUUAUCAUCAAGGAUGUCAAUGACAACAAACCACUCUUCAUUAAGGAUGAGGAAGAAUUCCGUGUGCAGGAGAGCGCAAAUGUUGGCUACCCAAUCGGACAGGUCCAGGCCUUCGAUGAUGACGAGAACCCCGAGAUCUUCUAUGAUAUUAUAUCGGGUAACGAGGAAGGAAAGUUUUUCCUAGGACGUAGGAAUGGGAGCUUAUCUCUCUCUGCCAAACUGGAUAGAGAGAGCAAAAGCAUCUACUACCUUGAUAUCCAAGCCUCAAAUGACGAGGCCGACUAUACUGUGAUCCGGUACCGAAGGAACAUUGAUAAGAGCAUCAUUACGGUGAAGAUCUUGGUUGGUGAUAUCAACGACCUUGCCCCAACCUUCCUCCAAGAUCAGUACUAUGGCUGUGUGUCCACACGAGCUCCAUUGAACAAGCAGAUAAUGACAGUUCAGGCCAUUGAUCGAGAUGCCGUGGGCUCGGGAGUGGUGCGGUAUCGUCUGGUCGGAAGCAAUCAUAUCGCAAACAUAAAUGGACAGGACAAGUUUCUGUUUUACAUUCAUCCAAAGUUUGGAAUAAUGACAAACAAGGUGCUGAUGAACCAAUAUGCGGGACAAACCUUCGAGGUUCAGGUGAAUGCUCGCGACGGCGAGAGCAUUGAAGAAUCCGAGGAUGCCAACACAACGGCUCUGGUAUUCGUGACCCAGCCAGCAAAUGAGGUGAAGCUGUUGAUUGGACAGAACACGGGAGAGGUCCGGUUAUAUCAGACUCAGAUACAAAGUAUCCUGGAGGAGGCAAGCGACCUGAGCUAUGUGUGCAUCAACGAGAUCCGGGACCAUGUGGUUGAUUCCUCGGGCGUUGUUAGUACACUCUGGUCUGAUGUUUACGUUUCUGGCAUUCGAUACGAUCCUUUGACCAAGAGAUACACUAUUCUCUCGACCACGGAGUUUUCCAAUAUAAUACAACGGGAACGAACCAGUCGCUCUUCAGAUUUUGACCUCUUGUACAUCAAGGAAGUUGCGGAGUUCAGCAGCUCCCAGGAGAUUGAGCUGGAAGACAGCGCAGUGCUUAUUAUCAUGAUCAUCAUUGCUGUCCUUAUCUUCCUCAUCAUCGUGUUCUGUAUUGUUGCCUUCCUCUGUAUAAGAGCCAGCAAACGUCAGAAGAAGGCUAUGCUCCUACAUAAGACUCAUGCCACACCCGCCCCUAUCCCGGUUGUUAUGGCUGCAGUUGAGCCCGAGCCCGUCAUCUACGACAAUCGGGGCUUCAGCCAGGAGGAGCCUGUUUUCGUGCAACAAGUUGAGGAGAAGAGGGUGAUCGAGACAGACCCUGUGCAUGUGCAGUAUGCCGUCGUGUCAAAACGGUCGUCGUCCCCGGAGAGGAUGGAGUAUGAUGAUGAUACUGAUGCUAUUGUUACAGAGAUCAGGGAUGACGAUGUGCCCGCUCAGAGUGCUGUCUACGAGCCCGAGUACAGAAUUGAGACAGAAGUUGUAUCAGAAAAGUUUUAAAAAAUGUUAAAUUUUGAACAUUUAUGCUUGCUGUUAAUGAUGAGUGUGUAAAAUCCUGAAAAAUACUCUCAAAUUUAAUCACAGAAAACAUAAAACUGUACAUACUUUUUGAAAGUUCUAUUUUUUUCUAAAUGCAGGGUGUACUUAUUAAACAGUUAGCAGUCUCAUAUUAUUUUUUUUGAAAAGCAUGUAAAGAUUGCAUUCAUUUAACAAUUCUCAAUUUCUGUGUAAAAAAAACUCAUUGCCAUUAGUACAAGAUGCAAUUUCUCAGUAACUGCUACUUUUUAUGAGAAAAACAAAUACAAAUUGAAGGCAUUGGCAGCAUUUACGUGACAGGAGUUACUGUCUUCUUUUCUGGCAUACCUGACUGAGUGCUCCUUGUUUAUAUGAUUGUGCAUUGAGUGCUCCUUGUUUUAUGAUUAUACAUUGAGUGCUCCUUGUUGUAUGAUUGUACAUUUUCUUUAAGACAACUAUAUAAGUUAAGUUUUAUGAUGAUUUAUAUGUCUCAGAUGGCUUUAAAAAACAAAGUUUAUUGCACAAAUUAUUUAAAAUAUCUUCUUUUUUCUCCUCCAAAAAUUUGAUAAAAACCUGCUCUGACUAAAAGUUUUAAUAGCCAUGUGUGUUUAUUUGUUGGCAUAUGUAAUACUUGCAAUUGAAGGAGAAAAAAAUAGAAAAUUGAUUUUGACAGAUAUAUGAUUGUAAAAAAAUGUUAAAUUUCUUUGAUUGUGCUAUUUGUAGAUGAUUGGUUCUAUUUUUGUACAGUAAAUGCCUUAUGCAAUGUAUAUAACUAUUAUCAGCUAGAAUGUGUAUAUUGGCUCACAUAUGGAACCAUUGCAUAGUUGACAUUCCAUAUUUGACAGUGAUAUAUUUUUUGAAAAUAAAUUAUUGUACUACAAAA